AUCUAUGACUUAACCUAUAAAUGUUUUUAUGGGUUAUCUAUAGUUCGCAGUUGCAUUACCAGAUUAUUUACAAAAUUAUAAAAAUAAUAUUAAUAUAAAGUAAUAUACUUUUCAGCGAAAUAAAUAUAUUUAUUUCAGAAAAUGGAAGAUUUCGUUUGUCCAAGAUGCAGGACGUCCAAAUUUCAAAAUCCCUCGUUAAAAAUGAUGGUGAAUGUUUGUGGGCAUGGACUUUGCGAAAAUUGUGUAGAUUUACUUUUUUUGAAAGGUUCAGGGACUUGCCCAGAAUGUCGAAUUCCACUACGUAGAAAUAAUUUCAGAAUACAAUUAUUUGAAGAUGCAACAGUAGAAAAAGAAGUUGAUAUUAGGAAAAGGAUAUUGAGAGACUUCAACAGAAAGGAGGAAGACUUCAAAGCUUUAAAAGAUUAUAAUGAUUAUUUGGAAGAAGUUGAAACUAUCAUUUACAAUUUAUGUAAUAAUAUAGAUGUUAUAGAAACUAAUAAGAAAAUCGAACAGUAUAAAAGAGAGAAUAAAGAUAUUAUUCAGAAGAACAAAGGAAAAUUGGGAAGGGAUGAAUAUGAAUUAGAAGAACUUUUAGAACUUGAAAAACAACAAGAUGAGUUCAGAAGAAAAGAAAUUAAAAAUGAAGAAAUUUUUGCUAAAAAGAAAAAAAUCAAAGAUAAGGAAGCAUUGCUUGAUGAGCUCAUGUUUUCAAACAGUACCGCUAAAAAUAUUUUGGAAUCUUUUGCUGAAAAAGCUAAAGAAGAAGAAUUGAAGCCAUUACCCCAAAAAAUGACACAAUUUUCAACUGGUAUUCAAUUUGGUAGGCAAAAUCAAUCCAUAUUCCUUCCUAUACCAAAUGAUGAAAAUCCCACAUAUAGUCACAAAAUGAUGAGUUAUGAAACUAAAGGACCUUUUCCGCCAAAUGACCAUGAAGUUAUUUCUAAAGGCUUUCUUAGUAAUGUAAGGUGUGAAGUAGAACAAGAAAGAGCUGGAGGAUACCAAUCUUCAAUCUCAUGUAUGAGAGCAUUACAAGAUGCUUUAUGUGGAUUAUACCAUACAAAAAAGCAGAUAGUUUAUAAUUACUAAAUAAUAUUCUGUCCUACAUCUCCAAAAGAGUAUAAAAUUUCCAUAGA